AUGGACGAGGACCUUCCCUUGGAUGCCCUGCAAGAAGCAGACGAACAGAGAGAGGCCGAGCUUGCCGCAGAGGUGCCUGAAGCAAUCAGCGAGGGUGAGGAUUCUGAUGAUGAUGAUGAUAAUGAUAACGAUCCUGUCGUAGUGAUCGAGGUGGAGUUUGUAAUGGCGAGUCACCUUCCCCGUCCUUCUCUAGUGGUGAAUGCGCGAAGCGAGGGCGGAGUGAGUCUCUUAAUAGUGAAGCCGAGACUAGUCCUCCUCUCCCUCUUCAUGGAGAUGAGGGUAGCACUCAAAGGCGCCCUGGUUUAA